GGAAAAGCUCAGGACGUGGCCUGGGCUGUCUAACAAGGUGCCUGUGCGCAAUUGGCGGCCUGGGCUGGAGCUGGGGAUCCUCCGAAAGGCUUUCAGACUAAGGACCCCUGAGAGAUCAUCAUAUCCCCGCCAUCACCAUGUACUGUCUACAGUGGCUCCUCCCUGUCCUUCUAAUCCCCAAACCUUUGAACCCAGCCCUCUGGUUCAGCCACUCAGUGUUCAUGGGAUUUUACCUGCUCAGUUUUUUGCUGGAGAGGAAGCCCUGUACGAUCUGUGCGUUGGUUUUCCUCGGAGCCCUCUUCCUCAUCUGCUACAGCUGCUGGGGCAACUGCUUCCUGUACCACUGCAGUGCCAGCGAGCUGCCCGAAGCCGCCUACGAUCCUGCUGUUGUUGGCACUUAGAUGGCUGGAAAGUUGCCCCAAUUUGCAGAGUGCUGCUUUCUGCCAAGAUGGAGAUGCCCUGUCCUGCGGAAUGCUGCUUUCUUCCAGCGGACUGACACUGCUUGCACCAUUAUGUGUCUCUGGUUUUGGCCUGGGACAUUUGGGACGCCAUAAUGAAAUAUGGUGCAGCAGAUAAAUAAGUGCACUGUUCUGUAACUUGGUGAUGGGCAUUGGAUACUCUACUGCGUCCCUCCAUGCUCAUUGCCCUCUUUCCCUGGCACCACUCUAACAUCAGUGGGCAGAGACAACAUGGCACUGCCAACCCUUGUCAUUGGUGGGCAAAGGGAUUUUUAAUUGUCUGUAUUUUGUUCAUUUUUUUUUUGUUUCCGAUACUUUACAAUCAUGUUUGCCCCUCCCAUGCCUGAGACAUUGAAAAUGGCCACUUAGCAUACGCAGCACGCAAACCCAUCAUACACAUGGCAGCAGCCUAGCUUUCACUAAAACGAGCGUGGCACUAUCUUUGGGGGAAUGAAAAUACCCUACAGCAUGCUGUAUUCAGUGGGCCCUGCUUCUCGGAGCCCGCGUCGCUCCGAAGGAAACUGGUUGUGCCAAGCUGGUACGUUUACAUUCAUGAAUUGGCUGGAACGUAUUACAAAUUUCCCAGCUGCUGACCCCAGUCAUUUUAUCCUUUUUUUUUGUGUUGAGAAGUUCUGAAUAAAGCUUUAUUAAUCAUAA